AUGGUCAAGGGUGGACCAGCAAAAAACGCACGAUCAUUGCCACAAGGCAAGCGAGCCAAGCAGACCGUCAGCAGGAGCACUGCCUCAUCAUCAGAAGCUGCUUCUUCCAAACCAGUACGAAGAUCCGUCGACCCUACAAAGCUGGCAUGGUCCACCGUCCGUCUGCCCUCCGAGGCGCAGUCGGGCGGUGCUGGUGUCACCGAAUCCGACUUCUUCGAUACGCUCAAUUGGAACGAUGACGACUUUAUGGGCUUGCAGGAGAUUGAUGAUGUCGACAUCCUUCAAGAGACCCGCGAUGACGGUUCGCGCACCAUCAGCUUCCUCGCCUCUGAAACCAAGCUCAAAGACAACAACAAGCAAAAGCAAGCCACUGAUACCUCCUCGAGUGCUUCUGUAGCUCAAACAAACACAACAACGCAGAAGGCAAAGCAGAAGAAACAGUCCAAAAAGAGGCCUAUCGAAGAGGUCGCAUCGGAUGUCGAGCCUGCCUCGGUCCCAGAAAAGGAGGACAGCGCAGAUGUGACGGCUGCCACAGAAGACGCCGAUGACGCAGACUCGGAUGAAUACGAGACAGCAGCAGAUGUCACUUUGCCAGCUCACGAUGAUAUGGCUGCACACGACUCGGACCCCGAUUUCGAUGAUGACGAUCUGGCCGAGGCCAUCCGAAACGCCCAUCAGCUCGACUUGCAAGGUGACGACGACCAAGACGAUCUCGACUUUGACGACAAGCUUCUUCCCUCGUGGUCGCACCUUCCUCUGCAUGCAGCUCUCAAACGUGCCCUCGUUCACAAGGCUUUCAAGCAGCCGACCGAGAUUCAAAAUCGAUCCAUCCCCUUAGCCUUGGGUCUGCAGCAGGAAGCAGCUUCCGCGGACGACUCAGACGAUGUAGCCGUCGCCUCAAGCAGCUUACGCAGAAAGCGCGACGUCGUCGGUGUCUCCCAAACCGGUAGCGGUAAGACGCUCGCCUACGGUCUGCCCAUCCUCAACUACCUCUUCGAAAAUGCCGAGAACGCCAUCACCUCGUCCUUCUCUCGCCCACGUACGACAGAUGACGUGCCACCGCCCCUGGGUGCACUCAUCCUCUGCCCGACACGUGAAUUGGCGCUGCAAGUCUCUUCGCAUCUCACAGAGAUCGUUCGUGCCAGCUGUCUCGUCCCUUCGUCCGGCUCCGCUACCGAACCCCAGAUGUCGCACCAGAAGCUGCUCCGCCGUCCGCAGAUCGCCGUCGUGUGCGGUGGAAUGUCCGAACAGAAACAGCGUCGCUUACUCGACGGUCGAUCGAGACAGGGUGAUUGCAAGGCCGGUGUCGAUAUUAUCGUGGCUACCCCUGGUCGUCUGUGGGAGAUGACGCGGCUGGACGACAACUUAGCGGCGCGCAUCAAGCAGACACGCUUCCUCGUGUUGGACGAAGCUGACAGGAUGGUAGAAGUGGGCCAUUUCGCCGAGAUGGAGCACAUUCUUAACCUCGUCAAUCGAUCCGAGGCCAAACGGCCGUCGGAGGGCAAAGAUGGUCAGCAGCAGCACGCCGGAUCGGAUGCAGACGAGGAGAGCGAGGUUGAGACGCACGGUGUCAAGCCCAACUCGCAGAUGCAGACAUUUGUGUUUUCGGCUACGCUCAGCAAAGCUUUGCAGAUCAACCUCAAGAGACGGCGCAAGAACAAGCAGUUUACCAAGAAACGCCAUUCGAAACGCAAGGAAAACGCUACGACGCUGGACGAACUGAUGGAUCGGGUCGACUUUCGAGACGAGUCGCCUGCGGUGAUCGAUCUUACUCCUGGCCAGGGAUUGCCACAGGGACUGAUGGAGACCAAGAUCGAGUGCGUGGGCAAGGACAAGGAUCUGUAUUUGUACUACUUUUUGCUGCGAUACCCGGGUCGGUCGCUCGUCUUUGUCAACUCGAUCGACGCCAUUCGAAGGCUGACACCCAUCCUUGCGCAACUUCAGGUGACGUGCUAUCCGAUUCACAGUCAGCUCCAGCAAAGACAGCGUCUCAAGAACCUCGAUCGCUUCCGCACCUUCAACCGUUCGGGCAAAGUGACCAACUGCGUCCUGCUUGCGACCGACGUCGCUGCCCGUGGUCUGGACAUUCCGAGCGUCGAACACGUGGUGCACUACCAACUGCCUCGAUCCGCGGACACAUACGUGCAUCGAAGCGGUCGAACAGCACGCGCGGGCAGUUCCGGUGUAGCCGUUGCCUUGAUCGAGCCCAAAGAGAAAAUGCUCUGGAUGCAAUUGCGCCGAGCCAUGGGCCGCGCAUCCGACAUCCCCACCUUCCCUGUCACCUUCUCCACGCUCGCUUUGCUGCGAGAAAGAGUCGAGCUGGCGCUGGCGAUCGACAAGCAGACGCACACCGCCAACAAGCAGGCGCAUGACGAGAGCUGGCUGGCCAAGCUGGCCGAGGAGGCGGAUCUGGCCAUGUCGGAAGACGAGGUGGAUCCGGAUGCGCCUGUGGCAAGGGCGAAGGGGGGCCGAACGGCGGUGAGCAAGUUGAACGAGAUGAAGGCGAAACUGGAGGCGCUGUUGGCGAGACCGAUUACAGCGAAGGGAUUGUCGCAUCGGUAUUUGACGGCGACGGGGUUGCAGGGCAGUGCUUGGGUGGACGAUAUUAUCAGCAGCAAGAGUCACGAGCAGAUCUUGGGCGUGCAGAAUACGGAUGCACAGACAGAUCUGCAGGCUAGGGAGCCGAAGGAGCCGGCGAAGAAGAAGCUGCGUAAGGCGAAUGCCAGCACAGCUAAAGCUCAGGUAGCAGCAACAGCACCGGCAAAGGAGGCAACAGCAGCGGCGUCGACAUCAACGAAGAAGAAGAAAAAGCAACAACAGCAGAAGAACAAGCGCAAGCCUUACCAGCUUCAGCAGCAGCAGCAGCAGCAACAGCAGGAGUAG